CACCGCUGAUGUAUAUAUGCGUAAUUAACGAUAAUUAGUACGGAUCGAAACAAUAUUAAUUCAUUUUGAGCAACAGUAAAGUGCGGGCGCUCGCAGCAAUCACCGUGCAUAUAUUGGCAUAGUGAACUCGGACUUGUAAGUGGAGUGUGAAAAGUGAUAACGACGAAGCUGCUGUAACCUACGCAAGCAACAACAAAAGCGUUAGACAAAGGUUUAAUAGUACAGUAAAGAAAAACAAAAACUAAAGCAGCGAGAUAAGAGAAGCAGACAAAGCAGAAAGCAGAAGAGUUCAUCGCACACUCACACCCUCGCACAACUGAUACAAUUAUUUUGCAGAAACGGCGAAAAAUAAAACGAAAAACAAGUGCAUCGCAGGAAAUAUAAAGCUAAAAAGGAAAAAGAAAUUAAUAACAAACGAACGAAACCCGAUAAAUCGCACAAACUCUGAUACGCCCAUCCAAUCUGCGGUUCCAGUCGCUGGUCAGUACUACGUGAGCCAGCGAUUCAUACGGUGGUAACGAUGGCGCGCGAGGACGAGCAACGUAUUGUGGACAACGAGGAGGUGUCGAACGCGGUGGAGGAGGAUAGUCCCGGGCGAGGCAAUCGGGAAGACAAUGAGCUGGCUCUGCCCUCCGGCGGCUGCUGCAUGCCCUCGAGCACCAGCCAUCGGUUCAUGGCCCUGGUGUUCAUGUGCCUACUCGGAUUUGGAUCGUACUUCUGCUACGACAAUCCUGGGGCCCUGCAGAAUGUCUUCAAGAAGGACUUGGACCUAACAUCAACACAGUUUACGCUCAUCUACUCGAUCUAUUCGUGGCCCAAUGUGAUUCUGUGCUUCGUGGGCGGUUUCCUGAUCGAUCGGCUGUUUGGCAUUCGCCUGGGCACAAUUAUCUACAUGAUGAUCCUGCUGGUGGGACAGCUGCUCUUCGCCAGCGGCGGCAUCCUGAACGCCUUUUGGCUGAUGAUCCUGGGACGAUUCAUCUUUGGCAUCGGCGCCGAGUCGCUAGCGGUGGCCCAGAACAGCUAUGCAGUGCUCUGGUUCAAGGGCAAGGAGCUGAACAUGGUCUUCGGCCUGCAGCUAUCGGUGGCCCGUUUCGGCAGCACUGUCAACUUCUGGGUGAUGCAGCCCAUCUACGACUACGUCAGCAAUUUCUACAAGGGACACCAGGCCCUGGGCGUCGUUCUGCUGCUGGCCACCCUCACGUGCGUGAUGUCGCUGAUCUGCGCCCUCAUUCUCGGCUGGAUGGACAAGCGGGCGGAACGGAUUCUGCAGCGGAACAACAACCCCUCCGGUCAGAUUCCCAAGCUGACGGAUAUCUUUACUUUCAAGCCACCCUUCUGGAUGGUCUCCAUCAUUUGCGUGGCCUACUACGUGGCCAUCUUCCCGUUCAUUGCCUUGGGACAGAAGUUCUUUGUCGAUCGUUUCGGCUACACUCCCGCGGAGGCUAACACCGUGGACUCGCUGGUGUAUUUGAUUGCCGCGGUAUCCAGUCCCGUGUUCGGUUUCAUCAUCGACAAGGUAGGAAGGAACGUGACCUGGGUGUUCACCGCCACCCUCACCACUAUCGGAGCCCAUGCCCUGCUGACGUUCACACAGCUGACGCCGUAUCUGGGUAUGGUAGUGAUGGGACUCUCGUAUUCCAUGCUGGCUGCCAGCCUGUGGCCCCUGGUGGCCCUCAUCAUUCCUGAGUAUCAGUUGGGCACUGCCUACGGCUUCUGUCAGUCCAUCCAGAAUCUCGGCCUGGCCGUCAUCACCAUUCUAGCUGGCCUCAUCGUGGAUCACAGCAACGGCGAACAUAUGUGGGUGCAACUCUUCUUCAUGGGCUGGCUGACCAUUGCCCUGAUCUCCACCGGCAUCAUCUGGGCCUACAACAACAAGAAUCGCGGUAAUCUCAACAUGACUCCCCAGCAGCGGGCGCAGUUCGUCAGCGCCGAGAAUUAUCAGAACUUUGAAUAGACAUACUGAGGGGACAAAGGACGGAUCGAUUAGGGAGUGAGUGAGCAUUACCCGCAGAUUAUCGGAUCAUUAGCGCUUAUUUAGUGUAGGCAUAAAGUUGUUCUCUGCGGGCUGUGCACCCUUGAUCCUGAUCCACGACGAUGUGAUGCUGAAGUGUGAUGUGCGUCUCAAGUCGCAAAUUGGUAUUUAAUAACUGCAAUUGUUUUUUGGUCAGCGAGGGAAUGGGGAAAGUGUACAAUACGCCCCGAUCGGUCUGGAAUCAGCAGCAUGAAUCGCCGCUGUUCGAGAGCGUUGUUAGGGCGGUUUAUAUGCUAUUUUACGCUAUGUAUUUUUAGAUCAAUUUAUUAUUAUUACAACAGUUAAUGCAUAUUUUCGUGUCAACGUUUUACAAAUUAAACUAAACAUCCAUAAUCCUACGAAACACAACCAGAACUCAUUCAAGACUUGAACGCCCAGGGCGGAAAUUCGGGAUUUAAUUGUAUAUGUAUAUAGUAUGUGUUACUCGAACAUAUAUCUCUCAUUCGUGGCAGUUACUAGCAUUUACACGAGUACAAAACUAUGUCCUGGUGUAAUUGAAAUUAGUUAAUUAAUCCGUCUUGAUUACUAUGUUUAUAAACAAGCCUUACUUGCAAAUAAAAAUUAUGUAAAAUACAGUUUAACACAA